AAGGUUAAGUACAUCACAGUACAUCAAUCAGCGUGAGACAUCGCCGUCUCCUAUCGUCUCCUUCGUGCUUAUUUAUGUCACUUGGACGGAAACGAAAGCACGUUCGACUCAAUCAAGCGAGAGCGUUAGGGCAUCCUAUAUAGAUUCGGGCAGAGGCUGAAGGUACGUCGGUCCUAUCGUCCGAUCAGGCGGCAUUCCAGGAAAAAAAUUUAUCACCUGUGAAUACCAGUCGAUCCUAAGCGAGAAAAUGAAGUGCAUCACUCCCGAAAUUUCAUGGCAUAAUCGCGAUCCGGUGCUGAGCGUCGAUAUACAGAGCGGUUCAUACGAUAAUUCGACAGGAGGAACGUUUUGGAGAGUAGCGACUGGAGGAGCGGAUUGCCACGUUCUGAUUUGGCACUUGACAACAACUGAGUUUGGCGGAGCUAUUGUAACCUUUGCGGCAGACUUGGAACGCCAUCAGAGAGCAGUAAAUGUCGUAAGAUUCUCCCCAUCGAGGGAGAUUCUGGCAUCAGGAGACGAUGAAUCGGUCAUUAUUUUGUGGAGAGUGAAGGAGGGACGAGACUUCUCUCCGCCCUCGGGCGAUACUGAGAACAAAGAGCAGUGGACCUCCUGGAAAGUGCUGAGAGGUCACAUCGAAGACAUUUACGACAUUAGCUGGUCGCCGGAUUCCAAUUCCUUAAUUUCCGGCUCUGUCGACAAUACCGCUAUACUGUGGGACGUCCAGAAGGGUCGUAAAACUGCGAUAUUACAGGACCACAAAGGUUUUGUCCAAGGGGUGUCUUGGGAUCCCUGCAAUCAAUACGUUUGCACUAUUAGCACAGACAGACACUGUCGUUUAAUAAGCAUCGCUACGAAGAAGGUCGUUCAGCGCGUUUACAAAUCCAAAAUUCCAACACCGUCCUCCGUUUCGUUGGAGGAGAAGCACGUGCGUCUAUUUUAUGACGACACGUUCAAAUCUUUCUUCCGCAGGCUGACCUUCUCGAUAGACGGAUCCCUAAUUUUCGUGCCGUCCGGAAUAAUCGAGUCGCAGGAGACCACAGAGACUGUAUCAAACGCGAUAAUUGUUUUCUCUAGAGCGGAUAUAAGGGAACCAAUAAUGAUCCUGCCUACUUUAAACGAAUGUACGAUAGCGGUACGAUGUUGCCCUGUGUAUUUUGAGCUGCGAGAGGAUGGUCCAACUAGUUUGGUGCCGUUGCCCUAUAGAAUGGUAUUUGCCGUAGCGACGCAAAGUUCUAUAUUACUCUACGAUACGCAGCAGACUUCUCCGAUCGGCUUGGGAUCGCUCAUUCAUUAUGGCAGACUGAAUGAUCUUUCGUGGUCUAGCGAUGGCCAGAUUUUAAUUGCGUCUUCGAGCGAUGGCUAUUGUUCCAUAAUACACUUUGAAGACGGUGAAUUAGGUAAAAUUUAUCAAAUGAAAGGGGACUCUGUACAAGAGAGUGCAACAGUAAAGGGAACACCCAAAAGUUCUGGCAAAAAAUCUUCGAACAAUACGAUCAAAGACAAAAGCGAUAUUUCAACAUUCGAUGUGGACGAUUGUGCGAUGGACAUUGAAUUUGUAAAAAGCAACGUGGUGGUAGAUAAUCGAGCUGAAAAGAUUAAUGAACAGAAAUCGGACGAAGUCGCGAGUAGUCAAAAUAUUAGCUCAGAAAAUGAUUUACAGAUCGACAAGAAGUUAAAUGAAGAAGAAACAGAAGAUAUCAAGUUGGUGUACAAUGAAGAAAGCAGUAGCGACGCGGUCAAGACUAAAAGGAAUACCCCGCCGAAGUCUGACGUUGCUCCUAUUGCGUGUCACAAAACUCCUAGGAGAGUUAAAUUAAUAACUUUGUCCAGUCCAAAGGGACGGAAGAAGCAAUAACAUGUAAAAAAUAGGCCCGCCUAAGAUUUGCUAAGUAGGUUUUAACUAUGUAAUUACUUUCAUACGUUUGUAUUUUUACCUCACUUUUAUCAAUAUGUUCAUUUAUUUCUAAGAAUCUGUGCAACGUAAAUUGUAUGCUAAAUGCGCAUUUAUCGAUAAAAGUGAGGUACGAAUAUCGACCAAUAAUUUAUAAUACCAGCUAGAGCGUAAAAACAAUUACUCAAGAAUAUUUUAAGAAAUGUCGAUUCAUAAUAUUGAAGAGAAUACAUAUAUUCCUAUACAAGGUUUUAUCUUCAAAAUUAGAUACUUUACAUCGAAUAAUAAUAAUGCUAUCACUUGAUGGCCCAACAUAUCGGAGAUAAGAAUCUAUUUUUGCUCCUGUAAAUUAUUUGUGUUUAUCGAAUUAAAAUUAUUUAUAAGAUCGUAAAAA